UCCAUCAAAGAAAAUCUUAUUUCCCUUCCAUUUUUAAACAAAAAAAUGCCUCCUAAAAGAGGAAAGCCCAAAGCGGUCGCUGCUACCGAAGUCAUAAGCACCUCGCGCUUCAAAACAUUGAAGGUGAAUGAGCGGACCUCGAUCAAAAACUUCGUGGAAAAACACAAGCUGAAAUUUGCAACUGGGCGAGGAUUCUAUCAACUGACAAAGCCGGAGACGAUUCAGUUCCACAAAGAGAUUGUCGUGAGACGAAAAUCGGACGACACUAUGGCUUCUGGAGACGAGGUUCGUGAAUUACUUGGGAUUGGAAAGGAAACAGCAAAAUUUAAAUUAGACAAGGAUAAAUUGGAGGAUUUUGAUGUGUUUGUGCAGUCAACCUCAUACAACCGUGUCUUGAUGCCAGAUACAGAGUUCUUAUAUGACACAGGAGAAGGUGGAGUUGUCUUGUCAGAAGUGGAGGCAGCAAAACCAGCAGCAGCAAUUUCUGCAGAUGAUGCCAAGGAGAAACCCAGCACAAGCCGAGGAGUGGGCAGAGGAAAGCGCAAAAAAGCAGAAGAGAAGCCAACAGUUGAGGUAAAGAAAGAAGAUAAAGAAUCAUCACCAGCUAAGAAAGCAAAACCAGCAGCAGCAAGUGCAGAAUCAGGAGGAGCUGAUGUCAAAGAAAUAGUAUUCUCAUUUGAUACCACAGGAUCAAUGUACCCCUGCCUCACUCAGGUCAGAAAGAGGGUUGAAGAAACAGUCACUCGCCUCUUCAGAGAAAUUCCUGGGAUUCGCAUUGCUGUCUUUGCUCAUGGUGACUAUCAAGAUAAAGAAUCAACUUAUGAUACAAAAUGGGUAGACUUCAGUACAGACAAAAAGAAAAUAUGUAACUUUAUCAAGAAUGUAUCAUCAACAUGUGGAUAUGAUUCAGAUGAAUGCUAUGAACUUGUUCUUAGACAGGUUCGUGAAGAGCUGUCCUGGACACCAGACUCCCAACGUUCGUUAGUGAUAAUAGGCGACGCCUCACCCCAUCCCCCUUCGUACCACUUGAACACACUGAAAAUUGACUGGAAGGAGGAAGCUAAGAAACUCUACAAUGAGAUGGGAGUGCGGAUUUACUCGGUCCAGUGCCUUAACUACGGUGGCUCUGACACCUUCUAUCGUAAAAUCGCUGAGUUUACCUGUGGUUGGCACUUGAAGCUAGAUCAAUUCGCUUCCAUCGUCGAUUUCCUAACGGCCAUUUGCUAUCGAGAACAGGGAGUGGAGCAACUGGAAGCUUAUGAGGCAGAGGUCAAGUCAAGGUCAAAGGGCUCUGGGUUGAAUCGUAACUUGCAUGCCUUGUUUGACACUCUAGCCGGUAGGAGCACCAGUACCUACACCGGUGGAAGUGAUCACGGGGGACUGGAACCGGUCAAUCCGUCUCGAUUUCAGAUCCUGGAAGUCGACGAACGCGGCGACAUUCGCUCUUUCGUCGAGAAGAACGACCUUCCCUUCAAAACAGGACGUGGGUUUUACGAGUUCACGAAGCCAGAAAAAAUUUCGGACAAGAAAGAAGUCGUUUUGGUGGACAAGGCCUCCGGGGACAUGUUUACUGGACCUGAAGCAUGCGCAAUGAUCGGAGCGGGAGGGGCAAAUAAAAUCAAGCCCACGUCGUUUGACAAAUGGCGGGUUUUUGUGCAGAGUACCUCGUACAACAGGGUUCUGAUGCCUGGUACUGGGUUCUUGUACGAAGUGGACACAGAUCGCUGAUCCCUAUGAUUGACAGUUAAGCACUAAGAAGGUUUUCUCAUGGAAUUGUAAAUGGUUUCUUUUGACCCAGAAAGUGGGUGGAAAAUAGAGUGAAACUUUAGAGUAAUACUUUUCUGGAGUGAGGAAACAUAAAAUAAACAAACAAACAAAAACAAAACCAAAACCAAAACUAUCAAGAAAUCAAAAAGGAAAAAAAAAAACAUAGAUUCAACCUACAAGUAGGCACAAGAUGUAUCAGUCACUGAGUGGACUCUAAGUUUAAUCAAAAUUGAAAGAAAAUUUUUAUCACUUUAGAAGUUUAAGACCGAUGGUACUAUUUUGUUGCACAGACACACGAAGAUCGAUGUCAUUGGAUACGUUUAACCGAUCACUUUUUUACAAAAUUUAAGUAUUUAAAACUGAUAAACUUUUAGGUAAGUAACGUGUCGGUUUUUUUUGUUCUUUUUUAGAGUUUUACUCGAGAGCACCUCUCGACGAGGGUUAUUAAAAAAAGUGUAAGUAACUACAGGAGGUUGUCAGGACAAAGGUAGCGAGAGACUGGCGAGAGCUUUUCAGAACAAACAAAUUAAAACAAAGCAAGGCCAAAGAAAUCUCAGAUUACGAUAAGCAUUCAAUUGAACAACGCUCUGAAAUGCGCACACAUUUUUAGUCGGAGUAAUCGAUCUGAACUUGUACUUGAUUUGCUUAAAAUUUACUUCAGUAUUAUAGACUUAUACUGAGAAAGGUUGUCAAUAUACUUUUGGUUUAAGGGGUUGGGAUUAAUUUUGUGGAAGCUUAUUGAAAAGUUUGUGUCUACUAAGGGGAUUAGGGUUGACGCACAUUAACUCAAACUUUCAAGGUUAAUAAAAAAGUGAUACAUUUGUCGAGGUGAAAACUGACACAAAUUACUAGAAUGGAAAUGAAUAAAACACUUGGGUUUAUUGUGAGUUGGAGUUUUAAAAAGCCAACUGUAUGUAUUAACUAAGUGGAUAGAAACUUUGCACUUUAAACCUUAGAUUUUCUUAAGCGUACUGUUUCACACGCUCAGAAGGGCGUGGUCUUGACUUGUAUGCGGAAAAGCUUACUUCAGCAAAGUGUCACUAAAACAACUCAAACAAGUUCAAUUUAACGGGUUCCUAUCAAUUAAAAUUUGCGUGGUUAUUUAC